AUGGAGAAACACAACCUCACAAUGAUGACAGAAUUCAUCCUGAUGGGCAUCACUGACCGCCCUGAGUUGCAAGCCCCAUUUUUUGGACUGUUUCUCAUCAUCUAUCUUAUAUCAUUGGUGGGCAACUUGGGCAUGAUCAUCCUAACCAUGGUGGACUCCAGGCUGGAAACACCCAUGUACUUCUUUCUCAGACACCUGGCUAUUACAGAUCUUGGCUAUUCUACAGCUGUGGGACCAAAAAUGUUAGUAAAUUUUGUUGUGGAUCAAAAUAAAAUCUCUUAUCACCUUUGUGCAACACAGCUAGCUUUCUUUCUUGUGUUCAUCAUUUGUGAACUUUUUAUUCUGUCUGCAAUGUCCUAUGACCGCUAUGUGGCCAUCUGUAACCCUCUUCUCUACACUGUAAUCAUGUCACAAAAAGUGUGUUGGAGUCUAGUGAUCAUGCCUUACCUCUACAGUGUCAUCAUCUCUCUUCUAAUUACCUUGAAAAUCUUCACUUUGCCCUUCUGUGGCUACAGGGUCAUCAGUCAUUUCUGUGACAGCCUCCCUUUGAUAGCGCUGCUCUGCUCAAACACGCAUGAAAUUGAAAUUAUAAUUCUGAUUUCAGCAGGAUUUAAUUUGGUUUCAUCUUUAGUGAUCCUCCUAUUUUCUUACUUAUUCAUUCUUAUCGCCAUUUUCUGGAUGAACUCAGCUGAAGGCAGACAGAAAGCCUUGUCCACCUGUGGGUCCCACCUGACAGUGGUCAUUGUCUUCUAUGGGACUUUGAUAUUCAUGUACGUGCAGCCUAAAUCAAGUCAUUCCUUCGACACUGAUAAAGUAGCUUCCAUCUUCUACACCCUGAUUAUCCCCAUGUUGAAUCCCUUGAUCUAUAGCUUAAGGAACAAGGAUGUAAAAUAUGCCCUAAAAAAGUUGUGGAAAAUAUUAUGCAAUAUUUUACUUAGUAUUUAUAAAUAA